GUGCGGGCGCCGAGCGCGGGAAGGCGGCGGCGGCGAACUUUGUUUGGCGGCGUCCGUGCGCUCCCGCGGCCCGCCCCGCGCCGGCCCCACAUCCGCCCACAUCUGGCGCGGCCGGGGGAGGGGCCGGGCCGUCGGUGGCGUCCCCGGGGCCGGGCCGGGCCGUGCGGGAACCCGAUCCCGGGCGCGGCGCCGCCUCCCCCAUUCAUUCGGCCGCGCCGGGGGCCGAGGGGCGCGCGCGGGGCUGCGGCGGCGGGAGCGCGCAGGGCCCGGCCGGCGGGGGCGCGCCUCGCGGCCCACCCGCCACCAUGUCCGACCCCGCGGUCAACGCGCAGCUGGACGGGAUCAUUUCGGACUUCGAAGCCCUGAAGAGGUCCUUCGAGGUGGAGGAGGUGGAGCCGCCCAGCGCCACGCCGCCCCGGCGCGUGCAGACCCCCCUGCUGCGGACCACGGUGGCCAGCUCCACCCAGAAGUUCCAGGACCUGGGCGUGAAGGGCGGCGAGCUGGCCGGCCGCCACGCGGACCCCCUGGGCCAGCGCUCGCCCAAGGCCGCCCUGCGCCGCGUGGAGCUGCCGGGGCCCCGGGCCGAGCCCGCGCCGCGCCGCUCCGAGCUGUCCAUCGACAUCUCGUCCAAGCAGGUGGACGGCGCGGGGGCCGCGCGCUUCGGCCUGAAGCGGGCCGAGGUGCUGGGCCACCGGACGCCCGAGCCCGGCCCGCGCAGGACCGAGCUGACCGUCGUCAAGCCCCCGGAGACGCCGCACCGCAGGAUGGAGACCCCCGCAGACACGGCCCCCAAGAGGGUGGAGAUCCAGGUGGCCAAGCCAGCGGAGGCGCCCCCCUCCCCGAUCCCGGCCCACGGCCUGGAGGACCCCGAGCCCCCCACCCUGCCCAAGGUGCAGCCCCCUCCCGAGGCGCCGGCAAGGAGUGCGGAAGCCACGGAGGCGGCCCCCAACAGCACAGGUGACAUGGCGGACACCCCCCGAGACGCGGGGCCCAAGCAGGCGCCCGCCCCGCGCGGCGACAAGGUGUCCUCGGACUUCGGCUACGUGGGCAUCGACUCGAUCCUGGAGCAGAUGCGCCGCAAGGCCAUGAAGCAGGGCUUCGAGUUCAACAUCAUGGUGGUGGGACAGAGCGGCCUGGGCAAGUCCACCCUGAUCAACACCCUCUUCAAGUCCAAGAUCAGCCGCAAGUCGGUGCAGCCUCCGGCGCCCUCGGAAGAGCGGAUCCCCAAGACCAUCGAGAUCAAGUCCAUCACCCAUGACAUCGAGGAGAAGGGCGUCCGCAUGAAGCUCACCGUCAUCGACACGCCGGGCUUCGGGGACCACAUCAACAACGAGAACUGCUGGCAGCCCAUCAUGAAGUUCAUCAACGAGCAGUACGAGAAGUACCUGCAGGAGGAGGUGAACAUCAACCGCAAGAAGCGCAUCCCUGACACGCGCGUGCACUGCUGCCUCUACUUCAUCCCCGCCACCGGCCACUCCCUCCGGCCCCUGGACAUCGAGUUCAUGAAGCGGCUGAGCAAAGUCGUCAACAUCGUCCCGGUCAUUGCCAAGGCCGACACGCUGACCCUGGAGGAGAGGGUCUACUUCAAGCAGCGGAUCACCGCCGACCUGCUGUCCAACGGCAUCGACGUGUACCCGCAGAAGGAGUUUGACGAGGACUCCGAGGACCGGCUGGUGAAUGACAAGUUCCGGGAGAUGAUCCCGUUCGCAGUGGUGGGCAGCGACCACGAGUACCAGGUGAACGGGAAGCGGAUCCUCGGGAGGAAGACCAAGUGGGGCACCAUCGAAGUUGAGAACACCAUGCACUGCGAGUUCGCCUACCUGCGAGACCUCCUCAUCAGGACGCACAUGCAGAGCAUCAAGGACAUCACCAGCACCAUCCACUUCGAGGCUUACCGGGUGAAGCGGCUGCACGAGGGCCGCAGCGGGCUGGCGAACGGCGUGGAGGAGCCGGGGCUGGAAGCCCAGGAGAUGUAGCCGCCCGCCCGGACCCCGCCCCCCUCCGCGCCCCAGACCCGCCCACGCCCCUUUCAUUUUCUCACUGGUCAGCUGUGCGCCGUCCCUCCCGCCCGCACGCCCGAGCAUCCAGAGGCCGGAUGCUGCGCCCCCAUCCCCGUCUCUCAUAGGCCUGCUGGCGCCGGGGGGCUGUGGUCGUGGGACCCCCAUCCCUGAGGUCCGCCAGAGGCUGGCCCAGGCCUGCAGAACCCCCGCCCCUCGGGUGGCACCAGCAGGGGGAGCCCUGGAGCCCUUUCCUGUCCUGUUUCUCCCCUGACCGGGGCCGGCCCUAGGCCCCGCCCCCAGUGAUGUACGCAGCGUCCUAGGCCCCGCCCCUGCGUGACGUGCAUGUCCACCCUCCUGGGCGUGUGGGCGGAGCUUCGGGCCCCGCCCCGCGCGGUGUGGGCGGCGCCUCCUCCCCGAGCAGCAGAUUGGCCGUGGCUUGGAUGCAGCGGGCGGCGGACUGGCUUCCUGGCCGGCCCGCGCCGCCCGAUCAGAAAGUGCCUUUUUCUCCGCUGUGCAUGCCGCAGCCGCCCCGGCCGUCCUCCGCCUGUGCCCGCCCCCCGCCCCCUUGCAGGGGUGGGAUUUGAGCGUGUAGAGGGAGGGGCGUGCGCGCCGGCCUGCCCGCUGGCCCGUGCUCCCACCCACUGGAGGGGGCGUGCUCUGCCCCCUGCCCAGCCCCCUGAUGCUUACCCCCCGCAGCGGGACGGGGCCGGAUUCAGGCGUGCGCGGCCUGCCGGUGGGCUGCGGGCAGGGACCCCCACAGCCGAGCAUGGACCGUGGCCCCCUGCCCCACCCCUGCGGCAGGGAGUCUGGCCCCUCUGAGCCGCGGGUCCGGGGUGCCCCCUCCAGCCGGUCGCCCCCUCGCCCCGUGUGCCAGUGGAGGGGGAAGGGGAAGGCCAGCGGGGCGCCCCUGGCCCCGGCCCGGCCGAGCCGGCUUUGCUUCCUCUCCUUGUAGACAGAUUCGGGGGAACGGCCCGACCCACCGGGACUGUUCCGCAGUGGCCUUCGCUGUGUGCCUCCCAGAACUCAUCUUUUUGUAUAAAUAAAAGUUGAAAAUGUAUUUCCUGAAAUAAAUGUUACAAAUGCA